AUGGCGGGAAAACAAAACACGCAGAAAGGUCCUGCUCUAGUUCGCAAACAAACCAACAAUGGAAAUGCAAACUUUCCCGUCCGCGGACCUGCCCCUACCCCGGCUGGUCCUAAGGCCGCCACUGCAGGAACGACGACGCAUUACGAGCAGAUCCAGGAGGAAGAGCUGAUCGCAUUGAGAGCUAUCUACACCGACGACUUUGUUGAGCUCAAGGAUCCCCAUAGCGCUUGGAAGAAGUCUGAACCCAGGUUUGACAUUCGAAUCAAGGCUUUCUCGGACGAGGAUGUUGGCGUGACCUUGAGUGUCGUCAUGACGGCAACUUACCCCAAGUCAACACCUCUAUUGUCCCUCAAGAAUGACGACAGCUUGAGUGAAUCGACUCUUUUCAGGCUUCAAAAGUAUCUCGAGCGGGAGCCCAAAAUCUUUGCCCGCAAGGAAGAGGUUAUGAUCAACAGUCUUGUCGAGGACAUCCGGGAGAUUCUUGAGGACGCAGCGCAGGCAAAAGCCCAGGGCCGAGAAUUACCUUCUCUAGAGGAGGAACGCGCUGCGCACGAGGCUCAACUAGCCCUGCAAGCCAUGGAGGAGCGUAAGAAAGAGGAGCAGAAGCGACUGGAAGAGACGCAGGAGGAGGAGCGCAUUAUGAGUGGCCAAUACGAAGAGGAGAUCAACCGACAGCGAGCCAAGAAGCUCGAGAUUCGGCGCAAGAACCGAAGUGGCCACCUAUCCCCUGACCGUCGUAGCGAUCAUGACAACGAAAAGAUUAUUUUUGACCAGCCAUGCAAGCUGACAGACGAAUCGGGCAACGAGUUGCGGUUCAAUGCCGUCAAGGGAAUGGCUCUGGUCAGCACUGGCCCUGUGUGCCAGGUGUUCACUGUGCGCCCUGUCCUCUCUGCUGGACAUCACCGGCCGAGCCUCGUUCUGAAACAGGCGAAGCUCAAGUCUGGAGGCAAGGAGGCAGGGCUUUUCAAGAAGCAACUGCAGUCUUUGGAAUCCCAACUCGAGUCUGCCAAGAAACUUCGGCAUAAAAACAUCCUCGAAAUCAUGGAGUUUCGUAUAGACAGUGAUAUUUCAGUCGAUGUAAGCUCACCCGAUAGGACCGUUAGUAUUCUGACAGCCUAUGCCAAACAAGGUUCUCUCUACGAGCACAUGGACGUGAACGGGCAAGAUGGCCAGAUUGGGAUCAACCGAGUCCGCAGCUGGACAAGAGAUCUCCUGGAUGCUCUCAACUUUCUUCACACCAAUGGCAUCGUUCACAAAAGCAUCCACCCACACAACGUCCUUCUGUUCCGGGAUGAAACGGGUGCUAUAAUCCCCAAGCUCGCAGACGCGGGUUUCCAAAAGGAGCUACAUGACAUCUGCUCGAGUUCACGCGCCGUUACUGCUUUGCGUGAAGCCAAGUCUGCGUACUGGCUUCCUCCCGAGAUCGCAGGUACUGCCAAACCACAUUACACCCAGAAAACGGACAUUUGGGAUUUCGGUGUCAUGUUCCUUCAGAUGGUAUUUGGUCUGGAGGCUCCUCAACGCUAUCAAUCACCCAACGAUCUGAAGGCCUCUCUUGCCCUGUCAUCCGAAAUGUUGGAGCUUGUUUCCAGUUUCUUCCACUCGGAACCCUCGCGGCGCAGACGGGCUUUCGAUCUGGGUUCGCAUCACUUUCUUGCUGCCACGAGCGCGCAGGUCCUGGCAGAUGAUGCAGCCUCACCCGUUUUCACAACUGAUUCGGUCUCUUCUAUGCUACCACAUCCUGCUCCCAGACUUCGCCAUGGCUCCAUGAGCCGCGCGGCAGCUCCUCAGUCUCGCUGGGCUACCGAAUGGAUCGAAGAGGGUAGGCUGGGCAAGGGCGGAUUUGGGGAGGUCGUCAAGGCCCGCAACAUGGUCGAGAACGUUGUCUAUGCCGUCAAGAAGAUCAGGCAGCGGGAAAACGAGAGCCUUACACCAAUCAUUAGCGAGGUAUCUGUCUUUUGUAGAAUGGGCCACCCGUCGGUGGUCAAGUAUGUCAUGGCUUGGAUUGAGGACAUUUACGAUGGAUAUGAACCCAGCGCCGGCUCCGCCACAGUCUCAGGCGUUACUGACUCCGAAAGCAUGAGUGGGCCAAACAUUGAGUUCACCACGAGCGGCGCGCUUGACUUUGUGUCUUCGAGCAGACCCCCGCAUAUCGAGUUCGGCUUCGACUCUGAUAACGACGAUGCGCACACUGAACAUGGUAUUGAGGAAGGUUUUGAUGACAGUGACGAGUCGGAUGAGUCGGAAGCCGAAGAUUCGGAUGAGGACAGCAGCGAGUCCGAAGCCAGUGCCAAGAUGGAUCGCAGGUCAAGCCUCAGGCCCAGCAUGAGACCUUUUAGUCGCAAGAUUAUGUACCUUGUGAUGGAGUAUUGCGAAAAGAGCACACUGCGUGACCUGAUUGCGAACAAUCUGUGUGACGACAGCGAGGAGAUUUGGAGGCUGUUUCGCCAAAUCCUCGAAGGUUUACAGCACAUACACGGCUUCAACAUUAUCCACCGCGAUCUUAAACCCGAAAACAUCUUUAUCAAGGUGGCUCCUGAUGGGACCAAUGCCGUCAAAAUUGGCGAUUUUGGUUUGGCGACUGCCGAGAUGCGUGCCAUCGCCGAUAAGAACGGCAACGGUUCUCCCAGCAAUAUUGAUUCAGGGGACAUGACCAGAAGUGUCGGCACGUCGACUUAUCUGGCUCCAGAAGUUCGGUCCGGGUCCAAGGGUAUAUACACAACCAAGUGCGACAUGUAUGCGCUCGGCAUUAUUUUCUUCGAGAUGUGCUACCCGCCCAUGCUGGGAAUGCAAAGAGCAAUGGUCUUUGACAAGCUACGGCGGUCACCACCUACACUUCCGGAUGACUUUCGUCCAGGAGAGAAGAACCAGAAGCACAUAGUCACCUCAUUGGUCGAUCACACUCCGUCCCAGCGACCAUCUGCCACGGAACUGCUCAAGAGCGGUCUACUGCCUGUUGGAAUGGAGAGCGAUGCGAUGCGUCAAGUCAUGGCUGGUCUGGAGGACCCUAACAAUCCGCAUUACACCGACUACAUAUCGGCUCUUUUCAAGCGCAGGCUCGACCGGGCAAAAGACUACGCAUGGGACGCCGAAAGCGCCAACAAGUCUCCAGCGGAGCUCAUGCGCCUCCUCGUGACGGAGGAGACACUGACCGCGGUAUUUCGUCGUCACGGUGCAGUCAAGGUGUCUGUCAGUCCGUUUUACCCUCCUUCGGCCCACUAUACACAAAACACGGUCGAGGUGGUGGACAGGCAUGGCGCUCUACUACAGCUGCCUUAUGACUUGACCAUGGGUACGGCCAGGGCACUGGCUAAGAGCACAUCUCGCGACACUGUGGUGCAGCGAUCUUAUUCGUUCGGCAGGGUGUUCCGUGAUCGCCCCAGUGGGGGACAGCCGCAGAUGUUUGGGGAAGUGCACUUUGAUGUGGUGUCUGACGAUGCCUCGGAUUUGGCGCUCAAGGAAGCAGAGGCCAUAAAGGUACUUGAUGAAAUCAUCGCCGAGUUUCCAACGUUGUCUAGAAGCCAAAUGUGCUUUCAUCUCGGCCAUUCGGAUCUCCUGCGAUGCAUAUUUGACUAUUGCGGCGUCGAGAAAGCCAGCCGACGGGCGGUGGCAGAUACUUUGAGCAAACUCAACAUAAGGGGUGUUACAUGGCAGAAGAUCAAGUCGGAGUUGCGUACUACCGCAUCGAUUUCAACGACGACGCUGGACGAGCUGCAAAAGUUUGACUUUAGAGACAACCCCAGCAAGGCGGCAAACCAGCUGCGUACUAUUUUUCAAAAGACGGACAUGUCGCAGCAAGUUUCUCAGCCCCUGGCUCACCUGAAGGAAGUGUGGGAAUACUGCAAAAAGCUCGGGGUGCGGACCAAAAUCUACGUGGCGCCGCUCUGGAGCUGGAACGAGGUCUUUUUCAGUGGCAACAUGAUGUUCGCAUGCCUGUUCGAUAAGCGAAGUAGGGAAGUCCUCGCUGCCGGUGGACGGUACGACAGCUUGAUCAAGGAGCACCGGCCGCGCAUCUCUGGGAGUCACUUUCAGGAACGACACGCGGUAGGAUUCGGCAUGAACUGGGAGCAGCUCGCACAUGUGUCUGCUAAGAGCAGCAAGAAGCGAGCGGGCGCAGCAGACGAGGAGACAAACUUGUUUGCAGCCAAAAGGUGCGACGUGCUCAUCGCCAGUUUCGAUCCCUCGCUGCUGCGAACGACGGGUCUCGAGCUUCUUCAGACAUUAUGGGCACAUGGCAUCAGCGCGGAGCUGGCGCGCGAUGCACGUUCACCCGAGGAGCUCCUGCAAGGACAGCGCGAGGAUGGCCAUAGCUGGGUUGUCAUUGUCAAACAAGACAUGCUCAAGAUCAAAACGCCAGGCAGGAGGGAGGCGCCGGAUGCGGAUGUGCCGCCCGGUCAGUUGGUUCAAUGGCUUCGAGCCGAGAUGAGGGAGAGGGAGGGGAGGAUCGUACAGGCUAGCAGGUUGCGGGCCACCGCCGGCGGGGAUGGUACUUCUAGCGUGGUUGGAUCCUAUGGCGGAUACAGCUACCACGGUCGUCAUAACGACUACAUGGUCGCACCUGGAAUAACGGGUGGUGGUGGCGGAGUGAUUUCUCCUGGGACCGACUCUCUGACGGUGCAUCCGCAUCGCGAGCAGGAAGUGAAGGUGAUCACUGCACGGACGCGGAGCAAGAAGUCGAACCGGCAGGCGCUGGUCGAGCAGGCGCAGGCAGCAGCAGCGCGGGUGGCGUCAUCGAUGGUGCGGUUCGCAUCCGAUGCCAACUCGGCGGGACCAGUGAUAGCGAUCGAGACGACGGACGCAGUCAUGAGCCUCAUACAGUCUACGAGGCUGUCUGAUGCAGAGAGCUGGCGGCGCGCGGAACAGGCGGUGAGCAUGGAGGAAAGGCAGUACGUGAGGGAGCUUAGGGGGCUGCUGCAAGACAUGAGGGCCGAUCAGGGCGGCGCAGGUAGGGGAACAGGCUUGGGGUGGUCGAUGCCAGCGUUUGUGUACAACUUUCGGACGGGCAACUGUAUCUACUACGACCUUGGGGCGUGA